GUCGGUUUCGUGACCUGACUACGCCAUGUCGCGACCACCUCCGGACGUAGAGGAGGAACAACUCGAACUGGAGGAGGAGGAGGCUGUUAGCGGAACCGGGGAGGGCGAUGAAAUUAUGGAGGAGGCGGAGGAAGGUUACACGUCUUCCACACCGACAUCCACUUUGACGUGGAUAAGCUGGUUUUGCUCCCUUCCUGGUCACGAAUACUUCUGUGAAGUCGCAGAAGACUUCAUUGAAGAUGAUUUCAACUUAACCGGCCUUAACUCAAUGGUACCAUUCUGGAAGGAAGCGAUGGAGAUGGUCCUCGAUGUGGAGCCAGAUGAAGAUUCGUCGAAGAUCCCGGACGUUUCGAUAGUCGAGGCCUCGGCCGAGUUGCUAUAUGGCCUAGUACACCAACGAUUUAUCUUGACUCGUGCAGGGCUACAGGCUAUGGUCGAUAAGUACGAAAACGGGAUAUUUGGGACGUGUCCCCGAGUAUAUUGUGAGGGCUGCUGCGUCGUGCCUUGUGGCCGCUCCGAUCUACCUGGUCUUGAGACUGUGAAGCUCUUUUGUCCUAACUGCAAUGAUAUCUACACUCCGCCAAGCAGCCGGUUUCAAGGCGUGGACGGCGCAUUCUUUGGAACGACGUUUCCACAUCUUUUUUUCCAGAGCUACCGCGAAUUAGCUCCAGCACCUUUCAAGCGAUCUGGGGUUUCUCCAGGUUCAUCGUUAUCACCGGGCCGAUCACCGCAGAGCGGGUCAAGUAGCUCACGCCAGUCUCCAUUCGUCAACCCUAAUCCGCAUGGAGGACAGAAGCAACCAGCAAGUCAAGUGUAUGUUCCACGAAUAUAUGGCUUUAAGGUCAACGAACGCUCGAAGAACGGGCCUCGUAUGCAGUGGCUACGGAUGAGACCAGAUGGCCCCGUGGAAUUGGACAUGGUCGAUUGGAGAGGGCGGUGGUUAGAUGAUGAGGAGUACGAGGAGGAAGAAGUUGAAGAGGAGGAAGAUGACCGGCCAAUGGAAGAUUUCGACCCCGUGGUCGACGACGAAGAAGAGGAGGAGGAAGAGGGGGAGGAGGAAGAUGGAAUGGAGAGCAGACAGCCUUCUCGAGCACCAAUUUAUCCAGAUGAUGCGCUACGAGGCAAAGUCAAGGCUGUCCGACAGCUUGUAUGACCCGAAUAGUGGAUUUCUACUCUAGGCUUCAUGACAUGUUUCGCGUUUGCUCGUUUAUAAUCUGCACAUUCACGAAUACCAGACGCAAUUGGUAUACAAUAUAGAAUAUAUCAGUAAACA